GAUUUCCAUUAAAUUGUGAUAAAAUUUUAGCUUAUACAGUUCAAAUACCUGAAGAAUUCUUGUACAAAAAGUACCCCGUUCUUCAGUGAUGCUGGCUAAAUAGAUUAUAACCAGUUGCUUGAUGAUAACCAGUUGUUAUAUGAAGUUUUUUGUAGCUCAUUUGAAUAUGAAUAAGGUUUUAAUCAUAUUGCUUUUUAUUUUAGGCCUUGAACCAAUGACAAUGAUUGAUUUAACUGAAUUUAGAAAGAGCAAAAGUUUAAAGCAGCAGCAGUACAGAGCUGAAAACCAGGUUCUUUUGAAAGAGAUUGAAAGUCUAGAGGAAGAGCGACUUGAUCUGAAGAAAAAAAUUCGUCAAAUGGCUCAAGAAAAAGGAAAAAGAACUGUCACUUCAGGAUUAAUUGCUGAGGACCUGAACCUAACUGAACACUUUUCUCAAGAGAAUAGAAUGAGAGAAAGAAAAUUUGAUUUCAUGAGCCUCAAAAAUAUGAGUGAAGAACAGUCAAAGAUUAGGAGUUCAGAUAAAGUAGAGCUGCCGCAUAGGAGACCAUCAUUCAAUAUUCCACAGUCAUAUCAGAAUGAGCCAGAAGAGAAUAUGACCAUGGGAUCAUUAUCGAGAAUGUUAUCUGAAAUUCACCAGAAUGUAGAAAGCGAAGUGAAUCCUUUUGUCUCUUUAACUACACAUUCUUCAUCCGUACAAGUGAAAGAUAAUAUUUCACCUCCAGAAACUAUUACAAUAAGGGAGAUUUUUAAAGCACCCUGUCUACAGUCUUUAAGAAAUCUAGAAUCAUUAAUCAGUACCUUUAGUAGAGAUAGUCAUGAAGAAAUAAACGAAUAUUUAUGUUCUCUUUCUGAUGAGUCUAUGAAGAAAGUGACAAGAAGCCAUCAGGCACUUGAAAAGACUAAUUUCACACAAAAAAAUGAUUCAUCUUUACGAGCCUUAUCAAUAGCUUCAGAUUUAACACAGAAGUUAUCACUUAGGCAAAAAUCAGCAAUAUUUUGUCAACAAAUUCAUGAUAAUAGAGCUGGCAUGGAAAAAUCACAAGUAGCAACAUCAGAAGAUGAACAG